AUGACAGGCUCAGUCUCUCCCUCUCUUGGCCGGCCCAAACGAGAAUCAGGUUUCCUUGCUUUAGAUGAUCUGGUUUACACAUCGACUCCUGAUGCCUCUGAGGAACCUGGGGAAGAAGGAGAAACAAAACCAAAGCAUAAACCCUUUGUGCCAGCUUUGGUGCCUCCUAAAAUUCCUGAUGGAGAGAAAGUUGAUUUUGAUGAUAUUCACCGCAAACGUAUGGAGAAAGAUCUGACGGAGCUACAGACGCUCAUCGAGGCUCACUUCGAGAGCAGAAAGAAAGAAGAAGAGGAGCUAAUCAACCUCACCCAAAGGAUUGAGAACCGCAGGGCAGAACGAGCGGAGCAGCACCGGAUCCGGACAGAGCACGAGAAAGAGCGACAAAACAAACUAGCCGAGGAAAAGGCACGAAAAGAGGAGGAAGAGGCUAAGAGGAAGGCCGAUGAUGACGCUAAGAAGAAGAAGGUUCUCUCGAGCUUCCAGUUCACGGGAUUCAUGCAGAGGACAGACAAAAGGGGAGGGCCUAAGAAGCAAACAGAGAGGGAGAAGAAAAAAACGAUUCUUAGCGAACGCCGUAAGGAACUGAAUGUCGAAAACCUGAGUGCUGAUAAACUCAGAGAAACUGCGAAUGAACUCUGGAAGUGGAUGCGCCAACUUGAAGCCGAGAAGUUUGAGCUGCAGGACAGAUACAUGUGCCAGAAAUAUGAGAUCACAGUCCUGAGGAAUCGCGUCAGUGACCAUCAGAAAAAUACCAAAGGCUCUAGGAGUAAGAGAGGACUACGAAAAUAAAGCAGCUUCACAGAGACACCGGAAACUUCUACCACACUCAUAUCUGCAUAAAUAAUAUGCUUUAAUAUAGUUAUACAUUCUGAUCCUUAU